AUGCUAUUUCUAGUUCAUCAUCACUUGCGCAAUUCUUUACGUAGCAGUUUUGUCGAGCGAAUCUUUAUUAAUCCUGAAACCGAAGCAUUUGCCACGAAACGACAAACGAUAAAACCUGAAGACACCCAAUCGAAUUGUCGAAAUUCGCAGUCAUUAGAAGGAACGGCUGAUCUUGGGUUCUACCCUGCACGGAACUUAAACUCCUCAUGCGCAGAUUCCAACCUUUCUUUUGUCCUGGAUGAUGAUGAAGUUCAGUUCCAUGCUACCAAUGACGCAACCCCCGCCUUAACUAAUAAUAACAACAAUGAAGUGAACAACAACAACCUCUGCCUGAUUACCUCGCCAUGGCCGUCUAUGGGACGCAAUCUGCCAUCACCUUCCACUUACCUGUCCCCUCCAAUCUCCGGCAAACCUAAAAAGAGUUCAUAUCAUUUACCUCCUAUCCAUAUGUUGUCUACCUCCAACUCAUCAAGCGCUUCAACACCCUCCUCGUUAUCGUCAAGGCUAAAGGAUGAAGGGCAAGAAAUGGCACUUGAUAAUCGGUCAUUAGAAAAAGUUAAGGAUUGUUCAAUAAAGAAGGACAGCUGUCAGGUCCCACUCAACGAAUUGUUAGAAGAUCUUAAAAGUCUUUUCAUACAGGAUUCAGAUCAGCCAUUCAACGAGAAUAACAUGCUGCAUGAAUUUGCCGAAAGCGAACUAGACCAGUAA